AUGUCGCGCGACUCCUCCGCCACACACAUCCACAUGCGCUCCUCGCGGCUCGCGGACGUGUUUGAAGAAUUCUGCCGGCCCCCCUCCUCCACGGUCUUCGCACCCGCCGGCUCAACCACAGCCCAAGCCCAACAGUCCAGCAGCGGCGCGAACGCCAACGCCAACAUUAACAGCAACGGCAGUCGAGGCACGCUCGCGGAUGGCAGCGGCAUGACCGCUGUGCCGGGCCACUACCUCCCGUUCGAAGAGAUCGCGCUCCCCCUGCAUUUGAUGCCGAUCAACCCCGAGGACGAGGAUGAUGUCGUGCCAGACAUGCACGCCGCGUUUGGGAUCAAUCGCGCGUUGAACCAGACUUCAGCAGCCCCGGGGGUGAUGGUGGCCGGUGCGGCGUCCGCGGUCGCGGGCGGGGUUGGCGGGAGCGGUGGGGCGAUGGGCAGUGGUGAGCCGACCGGCGAGGCAAGCCACGCGGGAGUCAUGCGGGAGCCGAUCUGGAGGGAUCUGGGCUUGGAUCGCUUGAUGGCGGAUGUGCCGCGGAACCAGAACACCGCUGUUGAGCACGGAGAGAUGGGGAGGAGGAGGGAGGGGCGACGAACAGGAUUGCUCCUCCUGCGGUGA